CGGGGGGAGGGGCCGAGCUGGAGGCGGCUCACCUGGCGGGACAGGUGCCUGGCUACGGCAAACCAUGCGGUGAGCCAUGCCCCGCCCUGGACACCCCCGCCCAUCAUCUGGGCCCCCACGCUUGGGACCCUGGGAGCGGCCAACGGAGCUAUGCCUGGAGACAUAUGACGAGCCAUCCCGGGCCCCACCGAGCCGCCGCACCCGUAGGCCAGACCCCAAGGACCCCGGCCACCAUGGACCCGAGAGCCUUACCUUCAUCUCUGGCUCUGCUGAGCAGGCUGCUGAGCCCCCAGCCUGCUGCCUGCUCUGGCGACCCUGGGUGUGGGACUGGUGCCGGGCUGCCUUCUGCUUCCGCCGCUGCCGGGAUUGCCUCCAGCGCUGUGGAGCCUGUGUGCGGGGCUGCAGCCCCUGCUUGUCCGCUGGGGACUCCCCUGAAGGGGCUGCUGAAGCCAACUGGGUCAAGGAGCACAACGGAGUGCCCCCCAGCCCUGACCGUGCCCCUCCCAGCCGGCGGGAUGGCCAGCGGCUCAAGUCGGCCAUGGGUAGCAGCUUCAGCUACCCUGACGUCAAGCUCAAAGGCAUUCCUGUGUAUCCCUACCGCAGCACCACCUCCCCAGCCCCGGACGCGGACUCCUGCUGCAAGGAGCCACUGGCCGACCCCCCACCCAUGCGGCACAGCCUGCCCAGCACCCUUGCCAGCAGUCCCCGAGGCUCUGAGGAGUACUACUCCUUCCACGAGUCGGACCUGGACCUGCCCGAGAUAGGCAGCGGCUCCAUGUCCAGCCGAGAGAUCGAUGUGCUCAUCUUCAAGAAGCUGACAGAGCUGUUCAGUGUACACCAGAUCGACGAGCUGGCCAAGUGCACCUCAGACACUGUGUUCCUGGAGAAGACCAGUAAGAUAUCGGACCUUAUCAGCAGCAUCACCCAGGACUACCACCUGGAUGAGCAGGACGCUGAGGGCCGCCUGGUACGCGGCAUCAUUCGCAUCAGUACCCGCAAGAGCCGUGCCCGCCCGCAGACCACAGAGGGGCGCUCAACCAGGGUGGCUGCCUCUGCUGCCCCUGCCCCUGACAGUGGCCAUGAGACCAUGGUGGGCUCAGGGCUCAGCCAGGAUGAACUCACAGUGCAGAUCUCCCAGGAGACAACCGCAGAUGCCAUCGCCAGGAAGCUGAGGCCUUAUGGAGCCCCAGGAUACCAAGCCAGCCACGACUCAUCCUUCCAGGGCACCGACACAGACUCUUCAGGGGCACCCCUGCUCCAGGUCUACUGCUAACCCGCACUGGGUCCAGGGGCCGCAACCCCUUCUGAGAGAAGCACGUCUACUGCAUGAAGAGCGGGACCAGAACCCUCUUUGUGGGAGGGAGGCCAUGAGCCCAGAAGCAGUGCCCACUCUGGCUCCUCCUGCCUUGGCUGACUGGUUCCUGGACCACAUGCAUUUCACUGAGCCGUGGUGCCCACAUCCCCCGGGUCCUCCGCUGGCCUGACCCCUGCCUGGGCCUGUUCC